AUGGUCCAAAAAUUAAAACUGAAGUUUUGUAAAAAGCAUCACGAUGAGCGUAAUCUAGAAAAAACUACAGAUAAACAAGUUCAUGAAUUAAGGUAUUACGAAUGGAUGAAAACGAAAUUAGAAAAAGGUGAUAUACAACAAUUUGAUUAUUCUGAAUUUGGUGAUAUCAAUCAAAUUGGCAAAGGUAGCCACAGUAUUGUUUUUUCUGCAGAAUGCCGUGGAAUAAAAAUUGCGCUUAAAAAAUUUACAAGACAUGAAAAUAAAAUAUUAGUCAACGAGCUAAAACAACAUAUUACAGUUAAUUGCCAUGAAAACAUCAUCAAACUUUUAGGAAUCACAACAGGGUUCAUCGUUUUUAAUUCUUUAAAAAAGGCUUCACUUUAUUAUAGGGUUAGAAGGGUUAAGUCAUAUGAUGAAGUUAUUGAGAUCGCAGAGCAAAUCGUCUUCGGAAUACAACAUUUGCAUGACAAUAAAAUUGUUCACAGAAAUCUAGUAAGCAUUAUCUCAUCUAAUGAUUGCCCAUCACGAAAAAGUCCAAUUAGAUUUACUCAUAAAAAACAUCCUAAAAAUAUCCUGAUAAACAACAAUAAAAUUUUAAUUUCUGGGUUCGGAUCAACAUGGAAAUUUGAUGAUAGUUUAAUGUCACUAUUUGAACAAAGAAUGACUUAUGAAUAUUCUGAUCCUCAAAUUUUUAUCAAAGCUCAAUUUAUCCCAAGCACUAAAUCAGAUAUAUAUAGUUUAGGAGUAAUAUUAUGGGAACUUACAAGUGGAUUUCGUCCUUUCUCGAAAGUCUCUAAUAAGCUUGCCUUAGCCCACCUUAUUUCAAACGGUAAACGAGAAACAACGGUUCCUGGCACGCCUUCAAGUUAUGCAAAACUUUAUAGAAAAUGCUGGAACAUUAAUCCAAAGAAACGCCCGGAGCUAAAAGAAAUUUUACUUAAGAUUCAACAGUCUAAAGAAAUGACUGAAACAAUUAAAAAUCAUAUAUCCUAA